AUGGCGGCGAACGGUUUAACCCUCAGCAAGUACAUCACUCUGAUCUCCAGCGAUGGGUUCGAGUUCGUUGUCAUGCGAGAUGCCGUCAUGAUCAGUCCGAUGAUCAAGAGCAUGCUUGACCCGCAGAGCGCCUUCAAGGAGGCAGUCUCUGGCAGAUGCUCCUUUGAUGAGAUCAAUGGCAUCGUCCUGGAGAAGGUGGUUGAGUACUUCCACUACUGGUACAAGAACCGAGAACGUGAGGACGUCCCAGAUAUGGACAUCCCCGUCGAGCUCUGCCUCGAGCUCCUCAUGGCGGCAGACUACCUGGGCCUUGACAAGCAAACAUGA